AUGGCGAACAGAUCUCAUCGUACCGCGUUUUGACCGGAUUUUAUCUGGUGCAGCCUCCAUGUGAGAGAAGCUCUCCAGCAGCCUCAUCAUUUCCUCGAGGGUCCGUACGGGCCGGAUUUCUGAUCAUCCUUUCCCUUUCCUUCUCUCCUCUUCUCCUCUUUUCUGAUUUUCUUCUUCCUCUUUUUAAUAACCCUCUUCUCUCUCGAGGGCUCAGUUGCCCGACGAAGAACUCUCCCUCUCUCUCUCUCUCUCUCUAUCUAUCUAUCUCUUUCUCUCUCUUCUAUCUCUCUCUCUCUCUUAGUUGCACCAGUUGCAUGCCCCAGGAGAUUUAACGCGUUAACUGAUUUCUACAUGCAGAGACUUUGAACAUCUUCCCCUCCCAACCUAUGCAUGUAGAGCCGUCCGCUAAGGUACGCAGACUUCAACUCUCUCUCUCUUCUAUUUCUCUCUCUCUCUCUCUCUCUCUCUCUCUCUCUCUCUCUAUCCCCGCUCUCCAUGACCUAGCGGACUGCUUCCAGGGCGGCCUGAGCAUAGCAUCGCCGGCGUCAAGCCUAUCGAAGAGAUCAUCACUACCGGCAAUGGAGCCGGGGAACCCUCCUUCCGCUUCCGACCCAGGGAAGGAUGUCAAGCCUUCACUGAAGGCAUGCAUAUCUCUCAGCCCGUUUCAUACUCAUCAUCCAUGUAAUCUCCAUCUCUUUCCAUGGCGAUGACGACGGAAAAUGUCUGGUUCAGAGAGAAGGGAGCAAGAAGGGCUCUACGUCGAGCUCGGAGCACGAGACCCCGAAGACGCCGGACCCAAAGGUGAGCCGCCAUUUCUUCCCCGAGGGGGGGGUAGCAAAUGAUUUCUCUGCAAAGAGGCCGACUUUGUUCUUCGUGGAGCAGACGCUCCGGGCCCCAAGCUGCUCUGUGUAAUCUGAUUGGGUCAUCUGUGGGUUAGACACUCAGAAGGCUCGCUCAGAACAGGGAGGCCGCGAGGAAGAGUAGACUCAGGAAGAAGGUAAGUCAAUCCUCCGACGAACAAAGCUCCAUAUCCAUGGCGUCAUGGUGGUCUUAUCCUCCUCCUCUCCCUCUCUCUCUCUCUCUCUCUCUCUCUCUUCCUCUCUCUCUCUCUUGGUCUCUCCGCAGGCUUACAUCCAGCAGCUGGAGUCCAGCAGGAUAAAGCUCACUCAGCUGGAGCAGGAGCUGCAAAGGGCGAGGACGCCGGUGAGCUCCCUCUCUCUCUCUCUCUCUCUCUCUCUCUCUCUCUCUCUCUCUCUCCCUCUAAAAUCCUAUUUCCAUGUUUUGCUUUGGGCUAACUCCGGCAGCCUUCCUCGAUCGGUUUCUAGGGCGGGUUCUUCUCCGGCGGAGUCCUGGGGGAGCAAGGCCCUCCGUCGACUAUCGGCGUGAUCAGCUCAGGCAAUUCCCUAACCCAAACCCUAACCAGAAUCCUCUCUCUCUCUCUCUGAAGAUGGGAUGAUAUGUAACAUCUGUAACAUGUUUUAACGCAGAAGCGGCGAUGUUCGACAUGGAGUACGCAAGGUGGCUGGACGAGCACCACCGGCUGAUGUGCGACCUGCGGGCGGCGGUGCAGGAGCAUCUGCCGGAGACGGAGCUAAAGAUGUUCGUCGACGGCGGCCUCGGCCACUUCGACCAACUGAUGGCUCUCAAGGCCAUCGCCGCCAAGUCCGACGUCUUCCACCUCGUCUCCGGCAUGUGGUUGACCCCCGCCGAGCGCUGCUUCAUGUGGUUGGGCGGCUUCCGUCCCUCCGACCUCAUCAAGGUCUGCCCUGAGACCCUAAUCUCCAUCCUUCUCCUACAAGCUCCCUUCCUUCACCCUUUUCGUCAAAACCCUAACGUCCUCCGACGACCUUCGUCUUGGCCGGAGGCGAAAUCGAGGGAAGUGGGAACGAUCAGGAGAGAGAAACUCCGUAGCAGCAAGUGUAGUAGGUGGUGUUGAUAAAUAUCCCGAGAGUGGGAUUAGCUUCCCGUAGUUCACACAGAGGUUCCUGCGGAAUCUGGCCCAAUACCAUCCGGCCGUACACGUGGUGAGCUCAGCUUAUCGGACUCCUAGGAUGUGUGCUCCUCAGGUAAAGUCAACUAGAUGACGUCAUGGACCAUAUAAUCAACCGUAGAAAUGGGCAGUAGUUUCCCGGGCGUUGACUCUUGCGUCCGUCCCAUCCUUUUCUCUGAAACAGUAGUUGCGAACGGAGCAGGUGGGAGUCGCCGGACCCAUCCUGAGUCUUCUGUGGGAUAGAGAGAGAGAGAGAGAGAGAGAGAGAGAGAGAGAGAGAGAGGUUUCUCUUCAGAGCACCCGGUUGGUUAAUCUUCCGUCGAUGGUUUGCUUGAUGUGCAGGUUUUGGUGAGCCACAUAGAGCCGUUGACCGAGCAGCAGAUACUGGCGAUCUACGCGCUGAGAACGUCAACCCACGAGACGGAGGACGCCCUAAGCCAGGGCCUGGAGGCCCUCCACCAGUCGCUCUCCGACACCAUCGCCUCCGACGAGCUUAGCGCCCCCUCCAACAUGGCCAACUACAUGGGUCAGAUGGCCGUUGCCAUGAACAAGCUCUCCACCCUCGAAGGCUUCGUCCGACAGGUGAUCUGAUCCACCCAAAUCCUCUCCUGUUCUGCAUUUCAAUGGCUUCUCCGAGAUGGGUUUCUCCUCUUUGACCUCCGACAUGAUUGAAGACUAUGGAAAUAUAAGAUUAUAUUUCUCCUAUGUGGACUAAAGUCGCGGAUAUUUCAUAUUUACCUGCGGUGUAGGCGGAUAAUCUGAGGCAGCAGACGCUCCACCGGUUGCACCACAUCCUUACCAUCCGCCAGGCCGCCCGGUGCUUCCUCGCCAUUGCUGAGUACUUCCACCGGCUCCGAGCUCUGAGCUCCCUCUGGGUUGCUCGCCCGAGGCAGGACUGA